GGCGUGGAGGCGCGAGGGGCGGGGCGGGAGGACAGCACUGCGGGCCGGCGGCUCCGGCGGCUCCGGCGGCUCCCACUCGCUGUGCGCUCUCAGUGCCCGCAGGCGCCUGCGGAGCCGCAUUGCCGCUCGGCUCGGCCCAUGCCCGCCGCCCCCUCCGCCGGCGCCCGGGGGGCUGCAGCGGCAGCGAGGCGGGAGCGGCCGCGUCAGGCGGCGGGGUGGGCCGCCGGGGCAGGGUCCAGGGACGCAGCGCGGCGGGCGUAGGUCUAUGUCGCGGGCGGCGGCGGCGGCGACGGCCGCGGAGGGACGAUGCGCGAGUACAAAGUGGUGGUGCUGGGCUCGGGCGGGGUCGGCAAAUCCGCCCUGACCGUGCAGUUCGUGACCGGCACCUUCAUCGAGAAAUACGACCCCACCAUCGAGGACUUCUACCGCAAGGAGAUCGAGGUGGACUCGUCGCCGUCGGUGCUGGAGAUCCUGGACACGGCGGGCACGGAGCAGUUCGCGUCCAUGCGGGACCUGUACAUCAAGAACGGCCAGGGCUUCAUCCUCGUCUACAGCCUCGUCAACCAGCAGAGCUUCCAGGACAUCAAGCCCAUGCGGGACCAGAUCAUCCGCGUGAAGCGGUAUGAGAAAGUGCCAGUCAUCUUGGUUGGGAACAAAGUGGACCUGGAAAGUGAGAGAGAAGUGUCAUCCAGUGAAGGUAGAGCCCUUGCUGAAGAGUGGGGCUGCCCCUUCAUGGAGACUUCUGCUAAGAGUAAAACAAUGGUGGACGAACUCUUCGCAGAAAUUGUGAGGCAGAUGAACUAUGCUGCGCAGCCUGACAAAGAUGACCCAUGCUGUUCUGCAUGUAACAUACAAUAGCAUUCAGAAAUGCCGAUCCUGGACAGGCUUUGCCCAGUAUCAUAGGUGAUACAAGCCUCGUCUGCCCGACUGCAGAGUUUGCAGGAUGUGUGGUGUGAAUCUAUGGUGAAAUAGCAGCCCUCAUUCAGAAUUCAGCAGUGAUUGUCCGUUGAUAUCUCUGAGUAACAUUUGGGUUCAGUAACUACAGUUUUCACCAUUGUCCUCAGUCUCCUAGACGCACCUGCAACUUUGAGGCAUAGCCAAUCAAUCUACAGGGUGAUCUCCUUUGAAAGCAACGAUGGCAUCGUCGCUGAGUUGACCGAAGCAACUAUUGUAUAAAAAGUAAUCAUGAGAGAGAAACCAGAAGAAUUCCUAUGACCACUACAAUUAAAAUAUUUUAUCUUCUGUAAAAAAAAAAAUAAUAAUAAUAAGUAAAGGAGAAAUAUUUUCCUACAAGAGUACUGAAUUUCAGGAAUUGAGAUAGUGCUUCUAAUCAAUGUAUUCUGUCAAGUAAGAUAACAGCUGACCUGCCAACAGCAUUACAGGGAGAGAUUCUUUGCUCAACUGACACAUUUCUGUUUUUCAAAAUUGAUGCUUAAUUGUAGAUGUUAUUCUAAUUUGUGACACAGAACUAACUCAUGCAUCAGUCCUUGCUAGAGCAAAAGUCAAAACAGGUUGUGUAAACAUACAGUCUCGCUUUAGAAGUGUAAAGUCACCUGCUUUGCCACAGAAAAUGGAGGCUCUCACAAGGGUUUGAUCUGAAUUAAAGCCCCAAACCCACCCUCUGGUAAUCAAGCAGAUAUGGUCUUUAUUACAUUUCUGAACAAGAAGGAAGCAACUGUGAUGCAAAGAAACUGCGCAGCCUUACUAACAAGAAGCGUUCUAGUAGUAGCUGAACUAGUACCAUCAUGUAAGGAAAAUGAAGCCAUGUUGCAUCCAUAUGUUCCCGUUUGCAGAAACCUCACAGGACAGUACAAGUAUUUUGCAUUUUUAUGUUUGUUAAAGCAGCAAAUUCCUUCUUGCCUUUAAGGGCUAUGGUUGUGGUGUGAUUCUUGGUUAACCUGCUUUCCAAAUCAAGUUUGCUUGUAGCAGAGCUUUAUUGCAGGCAUUUAAAAAGAUUGAAUAACCAUGUGAAAUAAUUUGGGCUUAAGAGUAGAACAUAAAUUAUAGAGUGGAAGGUAAGAGACAAAAAAAAAAGUCUUUUAUCUUUAAUUUUCCUGGAGAAUUAUAUAAAGAUUUUCCUGUAACAAUUUUGCCCUGAUUACUGAAGUGGCAAAUAAAGCUAGAGAAUAUUUUGUUUUGAAAAGGUGCUCAAGCUUCAACAUUUCUGGUUUUCAUAGCCGUGAAGUAUUUAUCGUUUGCAUGACUAAUGGCACAGGAAAAACCUAUACAGUCAAGUGUAGGAAGGUUUUUUACCUAACCUCAGAGUUAUAAAUGCUAAAGAGAGUACCUUAAGCUGAUUUUCAAGGUAAAUUUGGCCUUUGGAACUGCAAUAUCGCUGAGCCUGUGGUCUACAUACCACCCCACAUUUUGUUGUUCCACACUCUUGUGCAAGUAACCUCUGGUCUUAUGUGUGUAACUGAGAGAAUAGUGUAUGUUGUGUGUGCAUGUGUGUUUUAUCGUUCCUAAGAAUUUGGCACAAGUCAGAGAUGAUCGCCUAUACUGAGAAUCCGUGCUGCAGAAAAUAAUUAUCAAAAACAUCUUUUUCUUUUAAAUUAUUUAUGUGUUUGUUAAACAUCAUUGAAAUCAUUGGUAGCCCCCAGUGUUUAGUAAACUGGCAGUAAGCUUAAAGGAUAGAAAAAAGGUGGGUAGUAACUUCUUAUAGAUGAGAAAACAAGUGUGUGGGUAAAACCAGGCCAGAGUUGUUAAGUCUGAAUCAUGAAUGUUUCCAUUCUUCAGUAUAGAUUUUUUUAGAAACCCCCAUUAUGAAGCACCUUGUUUAUAGGACAAAAAGUUCUAAUCAAUUUCAUUGAAACAAAUUCUAUCGUGUAAAAAAGUUGAUUUGACUCAACCUGUAAAGAAAUCAAAGGUUUAAGAAGGAUGAUUUCUCUACUGAAAUAUAAAUAUUUGUUAGUGAAUUGGUUGAGUUUUGACGCCUCUAACUUCUCAGAAUGAUAGAAUUCCAUAUUUAACAGCAAUUUAUGACAACUAAGAUUCCACAUUAGAAACCUCUAUAAAGAUUCUACAGUUUUACCUAAUGGAUUGCUAUGCAGAUAAGAAAAAUAAGUUUAAUAAUAUGAAAGGUAUGGCAAAAUGUAAGGUGAAAAGAUUAUUUAGAAAUUGGGGUUUUAGUUAGAAGUGUUCGUGUCAGACAGUAAGGUGGGCUUUCACUGUAAAGAUGUUAAUAACUAACUUGGCUGCCUGAUCACAGUGUUUCCUACGUACUUGGGGACAAAACGUCAACGGCGAUAUCCAGAAACGUGGAAACCCUCGUGUGCUCUUACUGUUGGUAUUUCAUCUGGUAUGAAUAUAACUCAGCUUGAAUGAAUGUGUUUGUUGAGAUGUUAAUAAAAAGCUUAAGAACAGGAAGAUUAAAUUUGUUGUCACAUGAAAUAAUAGUGGCUACAGAGAAAUGUUGGUGACCUUGUAUCACUAUUAUUUUAUGCCCUGAUCAGACUAGCAACUAGAUAAGUGGAAGUUUUUCUAACAUGCCUUAAAAAUAUUAUGGUUUGAUCCAAAGACCCACUUUUUUUUUUUAGCUAUUUUAUAAGUUUUGUUGGUUUUGCUUUGUCUUGUUUUACUUUUAUACAAAGGCAGCAUUUGUUAAAUUUUUGUUGUUGUUUUAUGUUGCAGCUUUUUUGGGUUCUUUUAAGCUGUGAUAGUGACGGUAACUGAUGCUUUUCAUUUUGUUCAACUUACACAAAACAAGCCAGCAUCUGAUCAAAAGUAUUACAUAAAAUCUUUCUUAAACUAUUGAAAGGUGCUUUGGUGAUUUUCUCCUUUUGGUUUGUAGAAUUAGGACCGAGCGUGACUAAUUACUACAGUUGCCAUCACUUUUCUGUGGUAAAACUACUGAUAUUUGCUUUUCUAUAUAAAAAAUGUUGCCUAAGGAUGUCUGCUAUUUGUUUUCAAGAGUUGUCCAGUGGGAAUGUUGUCUCUUUAUGUGUGAAUAUGAAAGUGCUUAUUUUGUUUGUUGCUGUUGGUUUUUGUUUGUUUUGUUUUUUAGUUUUUUGUUCUUCUCGGUAGUCCUGUGUUAGCACUGGGUAAGCUUUAAAUGUCUCCUUAGCCAAUCAAAUCUUAAAGACUAUGGGGGUCUUUUCUUUUUUUAAUUAACAUGUCAUUGUGCAUCUAUUAAAUCUUGAUCAGGGUUUCAAGAAUGACUGCAGUGGAUUUUGGAAACAGACUUAUCAUUAUUGAUUUGGGGUUUCCCAGAGAUAAAUAUAGUUCACAGUUAAUUGUUGAGCUCUAAUACAACUGACCAUUUAAAAAUUUAACAACAGUUUAUUGUUUUGUAACAAUGUCAGUUGUUAAACCUUGACAUUUCAAUUAAAACACGAAUUGUAGUUAUAACUCUGCAAAUUCAACAGUUGUAUUUGGAGUUAAAUUAUUUUAACAAAUAAAUUUAUUUAAUGAAA